AUAAAAAAUAAAAAACGACUAAAUGUAUUAGAAACGACGUUGAAAUAAAUCAGCGGCCACCACAAGAAAACACUUUGGCCACAACAACAAGUAGGGUUUUUCAUUGCCUAGGGUUUCUUCUGCUUCCUCGCUAGCCAGCCACAGACCUCAGCGAAGAUGCCGUCCCACAAGACUUUCAGAAUCAAGAAGAAGCUGGCCAAGAAGAUGCGCCAGAACAGGCCGAUUCCUCACUGGAUCCGGUUGAGGACCGACAAUACCAUUAGGUACAAUGCCAAGCGCAGACACUGGCGCCGCACCAAGCUCGGAUUCUAAGGUGGAUGGCCUUUCAAUUUUAAGUCUAUUUUAGUUCUUAGUUCAUUUGGAGAAGAGAGACUUGGAACUGUUUAUUUAGUUAAUGGGUUAACUCCAGCGGAGUUCUUUAGCAAGAUUUUGGCCUUAUUGUUGUUUGUUUUACAGUUUAUUUGAUGUUUCAAGUUAUGGAUUUGACUUAUAUUUUUCUUAAUAUGUUCUUGUUUUGACACA